CGAAAAUCUGCCAGUCUAUUCCCCUGGAAGAGAACAUCUGUGUUCUAGAAAGCAAUAAACUGGAAGCCUGUAUAGAUGAAGCUUCCAUUCGCCAAGUCGUUAAGGCGAAACCCUCGUCUAAAAAGGGGGUAACGUUUGUACUUCCAAGCUACACUGCCAUGAUCAACGAUGGUAUAGACACCCUCUCGGGUAGCAGUGAUGACAAAAUAGCAGACGCGAAAAGUCCACCAAAAGAAACGCACCAGGCUGGAGGCACCAAUGAGGGUCCACGAAAAGAUGAUGCCAGUCAUAAGGUCAUCAACGAGGAAGUUGUGGAUACGUGUAAUGAGACGCCAAGGUGUGACGAGACAAAUCCAUACACGCAUGGAGCGGCGAUGAAAACGUGGCAUCCAGAAAACCAAGAAUCGUUAUCAAGAAAAUUUGGUGUAAAUCCCACUGAAGCUCAUACAAACUUAGAUAGUCCAACUAUCAGUGAAGACAUAUACCAAUCACAUCUUUGUGGCGAUCGUGGAACAGGUCAUGCCCCAUCAUCCCCUCGAAAUCAAAAAAUUUCUGGGAAAAGCGAAACCAAAAGAUCAUGCGAAAAUGACGUUCCCGAACCUUUGGAAUAUGUCCCAAAGAGCUUCAGGUCACCGGAAAUCAUUCCCGAAACAGGUCACAACAAACUGAAUUCCCCGAAGCGAGGAGACCUCCCUGCGUCACCGGCUGCUGCCU